AUGGGUGCCAGAUACGGCAAGGGCAGCAUUGUAGCCGUGGUGUUGAAUCUGGAGAAGGGGUCUCCCAACCACAACACCAUCAGCCUCUUCAGGGAUGGCAAGCGGGUUACGAAGCCACAGGCGUUGCCUUCUGCUCUUCAAGGCAAGCCCUUAUAUCCCACGGUGACGUACCGCAACCUUGCGGUAGCCCUUUCCUUCGGCCCACAGCCUCAGGCUCCCCUGCCCUUCACUUGCCACAUGCCGCAACUUGCGACUGCGACGCAAGCCACGCUGACGGAAGCGGAGAAAGAGACGGAGUAUGAAGUACUCUUUCCCAUUUGUCUGCCGGACCAAGGAGGUUUCGAUUGGUUGGAUUCCUUCAAGAAGAAGAAUCCCAAGUACACGGAAAUCUCCGACCGCAUGCUGCUAGACUGGGCUGAGAAGAGUGGGAUCUAUGCCCCCAAAGGCGUGGGCAGCAACGAUAAGCCAGACCUUCGCUUCGGCAUCCCGGAGAUGGACGACAUGAGCAUUCGGCGGAUGAUCCAGUCCAUCGCCCCGCUCCAGAAGCGAAACUACAUCGUCAUGGAGGUCCGUGGGAACCUGAUCAAGGAGACCAGGGCCGACGCCUUGAGCACUUACUUUGACAGCUGCUACAAAAAGGUGGCCAAGGUCGUCGUCGGCGACGCUUCCAAAGACUUCGUGAAGAUGAGCCAGGAGCUCAUGCUGGCGGAGAAGCAGGAGCAGUCCGACAAAGAGUUCAAGAUGAAGAAGGAAGAGGCGGCCAGGAAGAAGGCAGCCGAGAAGAAGAUGAAGGAGAUCGAGAAAGCAAAGAAAAAGGCGGAGAAGGAGCGCCAGAAGAAGCUUGAGGAGAUGAAGAAAGAGAAGAAAAUGAAGUUCCGCAAGACGGCAUUGCCCGACGUCGCUUCGAGCCUCUUGAACCGAUGCUUCACCAAGUUCACGGUCCCUGACCUGGAGGAGGGCUUCGAUGACAUCUCAUAUGAGUGGAGCCAGGGUGGCAAAGCCGGCGAGUAUGUGACCAAGUGGAUCAAGGAAAAGAAACUCACCAGCCGGGUGGAGGACCUUACCCCCUCUGUGUGGUUCAAGACCAAAGCGAGUGCAUGGCAGAAGGUCCUCUCGCAGUGGCAGGCCAAGGUGCCGGAGUACAAGAGUAAGCUGGUGAAGAAGGCUCAGGCCAAGCAAGCGAAGGAGAACAAGAAGAAGAUGGCCGAAGCGAAGGCGGCAGCAGAAAAGGCAAAGAAGGAGGCCGAGAAGGCAGAGAAGGAGGCCAAGGAAGAGGAGAAAGACGAGGAAGUCAAGGAGGAGGAGGAGAAGGCCGAACCAAUGGAAGUCGAAGAGGAGGAGGAGGAAGAGGAGGAAGAGGCUGACUUCGAGGGCGUCGACAUUUUUGGUGUAGAGGAGGUCGACGACAUUGGUGGCGGCAUGCCUUUGUACAAGGAGUUUGCCCAUGAGGACUGGGCCCUCAUGUCCCUGAGCUUUGAACUCCACUUGAUGGCCCAUGCAUUCAAGAAGGAUUGCGACGAUCCGGACAGGAAAGGGAUCGUCCUGGAACACUUGGCCUUCUACUAUCAGAAGUACUAUGGGAAGCAGCUGAACCUGAAGAGCUACGGGAUUGAAAACGAAGCGCAGCUGGUGGAUUUAGCCAAGGACUGUGUUUUCAUCAACAAGGACAAGGUCCUCGAGUCCCUGCUGGAUGAGGAAAUCGAAUACCCCCAGGUCUUCGUGAAGAUCGCGGAGGAGGGUAGAAGACACAGAGCUCUGCUCGUCGACAUGGGUGAUGAGUCAGCGAAGCUGAAAAUCACCCACGCCGUCUCCUCCCACCACCAUAAGGGUGGAAAUUAUGGUGGUGGAAAGGAUUCCGGAAAGGGCAUGAAAGGCCACAGCAAAGGCUACGGCAAGGGAAUCAUGCCAGUUGGUCCUAUUGGCAUGGGUCCCAUGCAGCAAGGCAUGGGCGCGCCUAUGGCUGGUAUGGCUCCCAUGGCUCCCAUGGGCAACAUGGGCAAAGGCAAGGACUUCGGAAAAGGCUACGGCCACAUGCCCUUUGGCAAGGGUGGCAAAGGCUGGAAGGGCAAGUGA